AUGUCUCGAUCCAUGGUCUCGCUUUUGUUCUUGCUCUUCCAUCCCUUGGGCGUCUCUGUUCAAGCUCAGAGAACAUCAACAUCAACAACAACAGAGUUUGUCUUUCCAAGUUUUACAGGAAACGAAUCAAUGAUUCAAACAGAAGGAGCUGCGAUGAUCCAACCCAAUGGAAUAUUGAGACUCAACGAUCGUAAAUCAAACGUCCUCGGGACAGCGUUCUACAACAAACCCGUAAGAUUGCUUGACCAUACCAAUCUCUCCACCAACGCCACUGUUCGUUCUUUUAGCACCUCAUUCGUCUUCGGCAUACUCUUCACCAGCUCCCGCAACGGAGGUUACGGCUUCACCUUCACACUAUCUCCCACACCAAACCGUCCAGGCGCUGAGUCAGGACGUUACUUAGGACUUGUCAACGAACAGAACGACGGGAAUUCAUCGAACCACGUUUUCUCCGUUGAGUUCGACACAGUACAAGGAUCCAGGGAUGACAACAGUAGUAGAAUAAGCAAUCACUUCGGUCUAAACUUCAACGGUAUCACCUCGUUUGUGGAGGAACCGGUUCUGUACGAAGACGGAGAUAACCGAAGAGAAGAAGUCCAAAUCCGAGUCCGUUUGGAUUACGACGGACCCACACAAACUCUGAGUUUGUUGGCAACUCCUUGGAGAAUCCCCAGUGACCCACGACAACCAACGAUCUCGCAACGCAUUCCUAAGCUGUCGGAGAUCAUGCAAGAAGAGAUGUACGUUGGUUUCACUGCGUCCACAGGGAAAGAUCAGUCGAGUGGUCACUAUAUCAUGGCUUGGAGUUUCACUAGCGGUCGAGAGAAUUUAACAGCAGCCACGCUGCUCCCAUAUCGGGACAUUCCUCUUUUGGUCCUCACUAAAGAUAAUAAAGCCUUGGUGUCAAAGAUUCUCAUAGGUUGGAUACCUACCCACCAAACUCUUGAGCGUUUUUUUAUCAGAAAGAGUAGAAUAUCAAAUGCAAAGAGAAGAAAGAAUUUAAAAGCUCUAAUUCCGCUGAAACAUUACCGUUACAAUGAAGUGAAGAGGUUUACAAACUCAUUUGCUUGCGUCGUUGGGAAAGGAGGGUUUGGAACUGUUUACAAAGGAAACCUUCCUGAUGGUCGUAAGGUCGCGGUCAAGGUUUUGAAGGAAUCAAAGAGCAACGGAGAAGACUUCAUCAACGAAGUCGCAAGUAUGAGCCAAACAUCUCAUGUUAACAUUGUCUCUUUGGUUGGAUUCUGCUUAGAAGGAUCCAAAAGAGUGAUUGUUUAUGAGUUUCUAGAGAAUGGGUCUUUGGAUCAGUUUAUCUCAGCAAAUGCCUCGUCAAGUGUUGAGUGGAGAUUGAGGCUUUACGAGAUUGCGCUAGGAGUCCUCGUGGUCUUGAAAUACUUGCACUAUGGAUGCAAAACAAGGAUUGUGCAUUUCGACAUUAAACCUCAGAAUGUGUUGUUGGAUUGCAAUCUUUGUCCCAAAGUUUCAGACUUUGGCCUUGCUAAGCUUUGCAAGAAGAAAGAGAGCACCAUGUCGAUGUUGGACACAAGGGGAACAAUAGGGUACAUUGCACCAGAGAUGAUCUUUAGAGUUUAUGGAAGUGUGUCUCACAAGUCAGAUGUGUAUAGCUAUGUAAUGUUGGUUCUUGAGAUGAUCGGUGCAACAAACAAAGACAGAGUCGAAAAUGUUGCUUCUAACACUAGCUCGAUAUAUUUCCCUGAUUGGAUCUAUAAGGAUCUUGAAAAUCCGUAUCCAUCAAAUAGACCAUCUAUGAACAGAGUUGUAGAGAUGAUGGAAGGAAGCUCGGAUGAUCUUGAGUUACCUCCUAGGCCUGUUUUGCAAUUCCCCAUAGCACCUCUUCAAGAUUCAUCAACACUUUCAAGGGACAUCUCAGUUUACACAGAAUGA